AUGAAUAUCAAUGAGAAAUUACAGCUAGAAGAUAGAGAAGAAAUGGGAGAUGCAAGGAGGUUCAGAAGCUUGGUUAGAGGUUUAAUGCAUUUGACUCACACUAGGCCUGAUAUUGCAUUUCCUAUUGGUGUUAUUUCUAGAUUUAUGCAGCAACCUUCAAAGGUUCAUUAUGGAGCAUCAAAACGGGUCUUGCGGUACAUUGUUGGAACUUUGGAAUAUGGCAUUUGGUACUCAAAAACUCCAAAUUUCAGGUUGUGUGGGUUCACAGACAGUGAUUGGACAAGUUCUUUAGAUGAUAGAAUAAGUGUAUCAGUAAAUGUUUUCACUCUAGGUUCAGUGGUGAUCACUUGGAGUAUUAAGAAGUAA